AUGGUCGUCCACCUUCCAAGCUCCAGCGAGAGUAAAGCUUUGGUCUUCUUUGACCUACCCAUCCACGAACGACGAACAAUCAUCUUCGUCGCGACAAAGCCUGCAUGUCCCGCGCUUCCAUCUGUUAUGGACGAUAACCCAGGCCCUCACCAUGAGGGCACCAUCGGCGCCCUCUCUGCCUCGUCAGCGUCGCAGCUCUUUGCCAAUUUUGCGUCGUACGAACCCAUUUCGCGUGCCACCACCCCCGGCAUGCCCUAUUCCAAGUCGGACGAAGAUGACAAGAAGCGAUAUCGGCCACGCACCUUUGCCUACUUCAAUCAGCUGCCCUUUCUCGUCGAGGAGGAGGAGCAGCGCGACGUCGCACUGCAGGACAUCCUCAAGCAGCUCUACAUCGCCAUCCGCGCCGAGGACUUUUCUCCCGGCGCCCUGCACUGGACCAGAGAACUUCAGGGCUGGCUCAAUCUCAAGUUUGAGAUAACGCGUGAGCUGAGGGCAAAGCUUGCCAAGCUCUAUUACUCUCUCGCGCUCGCUCCCGGCCUUGAUGCUACGCCGGCCGACCGAUUUCUGCGCAUGGUCGUAACGCUGACCAGGAAAAACCACUACCUCAAGCCGGGUGAAGACCUGACACUCGAUUGGAGACCGCUUUGGCAGGAGGUCAAGACCUGGGUGCUGCCCGCCGAGGUGCCCGCUCAUCAAAGCAGCCGCCGACGAUCGUCUAAGCAACUUCUAAAGCUCUGCACCCAUGUCCACACAUACUUUGACCCAAAGGAGCGACCAGAGAUGCUGCAGGAGUUCUUACCAUUUUUUAGUGUUCACGAAUUGCCCAACGCCUUCAUCGUCACCGGCGUGCUCAACACGCUGCUACCCAGCCAUCCUGCACCCUCAACCGCUCUCAAUGCUCAGCCUGAUGCUUUCUUUCCUACCCUUUUCCACUUGUGGUCCAUCAUGAAUCGAUCCAAGGUGGUAGACAUCUUCUUCAUUGACAUGUUCUCGAGGAUGGCGCGGGACCAUUUGCAUUGCGCUUACGUGCCCUUUGGCGAGCAUGGCAUCUUCACCAAGGAGCAAUCCGACCUGAUUUUCACAGCCAUCCUGCGACUGACACAAAUUCCCGUGGGCCAGUCCAACUCGCCCUACUCGCCGCUCGACUUUCUGUCUGGAGCUGGCAUGUACAUGGAAAAGGACAAAAAGAAGUACCCCAUUGCAUACAUGAUGGCCCGCUGGAUAGUCAGCUCACUCUCACCAGCCUGCUCAGGCGAGAAGGACUCGGUUAUGUCGACACUGGAGGGUCUGAUGGAGUCGAUUGACACAUUUUUCCACCCGUCGAAUCAAGGCUCAUGGACAUCUCUCCUAGGUCAAUUGAUUCUCUUCCUCACAGAUGCGUUUGUGUCCCGUUGGAAUCGAGAGCAGAGUGGUGAGCUCGAAAUACCACAGGAGCGCAAAAUUGACAAGGAAUUGAAAAGGCGAUUUGUUGAAUCUCUCAAGGAGGUUACUUUCAUGGGCCUUUUCUCCAAGAGCAGCCGCGUAUCCCACUGCUACUAUAAUGCCUUGCAAGGGCUAGCUUACCUGGAGCCCGAUCUUGUGUUGCCUGGUGCAUUGCAAAGGUUUUAUCCCAGUCUUCAAGGAUUGGUUGAAGUACACCGAACCACUUCGAGCCUGAAUAGCUUACAAAUGAUUGCAAAUGUCAUGUCCAAGUUGAAAGGCUAUCGAUGCCAUAUUACUGCUCUCCUGGCACUUGCUCUCCCUGGCAUCGAUGCCAAUGAUCUGAGCAAGACACAGUAUACCCUCAACUUCAUCCAAAGUGUCGCAUACAGUAUUCCUUUUGCCUCGAUGACCAAGGAGGACAGCGCUGUUCAUGAUACAGGCCUGGCCAUGCAAUGGGUCCAGGCUGAAAUGGAUCGCAUGGAGCGGGAUGGGCAAAAUGUCGUCAUUGACUACAAUGCGGAACUGACAGACGAGGACGAAGCUGACAUUCUACGAUCAUCAACGGCGGGCUUUGCGGAGUUCGUCAUGACCCUUCUUGGCAAGGUGUUUACCCUGCUGGAGAACCUGCCCGAUGCUAAUCAGGUUCGUGGUGGGACUCCGGAAGAUAACGUUAUCAACGCGCUUCCAGCUGCGCUGUCACCCUUGUUUGCUUCUUUGUCUCCAGACUUAUUCGAUAUGGCUGUUGAAAGGCUGGCCACUUUUGUAUCAUCUCAUGUGGUGCAUCAGGCACGAGAUGCCAUGGCUUGGAUUCUCAACGCACUCUGCAAAGUUAACCCGGAAAAGACGCUCAAAAUCUUCAUUCCCAUGCUUGUUGUCAACAUUCGCAAUGAGAUUGACCAUAACCACGCUGCAUCUGAUCGAACAUCAGGCACCGACUACCUACCACGCGACAGAGCUCUUGUAUGGCACAUUACCAUGCUGGCCAUGGUGGUAGUGCACGUCGGACGCGAGGUCCUGAGCCACAAGGACGAGCUUCUCGGAAUCGCUGGUUACAUGCAAGAAAAGUGUCGCGGUUUGCCAACCAUUUUGGUUUCUAACUACAUUCAUCAUCUCCUCCUCAACCUGACCCACACAUAUCCCAUUGACCACGCUCUGUACGAGCCAGAGGUCAUCAAGAGGGGUUUGGACGUCAGUGACUGGGGCAGAACUACAGCCCCUGCUGAUCUCACUAUCAAGUGGCAUCAGCCAUCGCCGCCCGAAAUUGAGUUUGCCGUGGAAUUGUUUGCGUCGCAGACCAAGUCCAUAUCUCAGCAACUGGCCCUUCUUCUUAGCGAAAAUCCCCCUGUCAGCCGCAAAGGCAAGAACAAGGAGUGGUCCGAUGAAGUCUCGCGACUGAUGCAGCAGAUCCGGCUCGUGACUUCGGGGAUGUCCGUCAUGUUUGAUCCAAAGCGUGCAUCUGGAGAGGCAGACACAGAGAUGGGGGAAGACCCUAUCGUUGAUGCUGAUGAGGACGAAAUGAUGGUCGAUGACGACGAUCCCCUCGCCGAGGUUGCUGAUGACGAGGAGUUGAGACCGCAGUUCCGCUACCGUGCAGGAUACCCGCUCAGACGAGAUGAUCCGGCUUACGAGCAUAUUCACGUUCUUCGUGAGGAACUAGGCCAGCUCCUGACAAAGGCACAUUCCUUCCUAGUUGCGCAUCAGGAGGACGAUGUCAACUGCUUUACUACGCUGUGCUCCGCGUAUCGAACCUGGAUUACAGACGUCGGCAUUGAGCGCUCUGCUCACCCCCUCGAGCGUCACUUGCGACUUUACAAGGCUGACAUUGCAGCCUUCAAGGUCAAGGGACUCCGCAAGGUUUAUCCUCGUCCUCUGCUUAUCAAGAGAGCGGAAGCCUACUUGCUUCUCCGCAUGAAGCACAAUGCCGCAUCCAGGCAAAAGAGCGAACUAGACAAGCAGCUUCUUCUUGAUCUAACGCAAUCCUGCCUAUCGUCGUACGCUGAUGUUCGUCGCGUUGCUCAGAGCGCUCAGGACUCGUCGCUCAAGGUCCUUGUGGGCGGCAAGCCGAUUGUCAUUCCACCGCUUCUGCAAGGACUCAAGAAGGCUCUACAGGACAACGAUCACGAUCGUAUCAAGGGUGGCAUGUACACGCUGCUCUUUACAUCAUUGCUGAAGACAUUGCUCAAAGACUGGAGGUUCGCGCCGGAGGCAAUGAGACUGUAUAUCGAAACCGCGGGCAUCGACAAGCCAUCCAUUCAGAGCCUGGGAUCCUCUGCACUGUACUCACUAAUCGAAUUCGGCAAACCAUUCGAGCGGGCGAUCAUUGUGGACAAGGAGGUUGUUGACACUAUCCGUCCCCGGGAAGAUCCCUCAUCUGUGAUCGACUCACGACACCAGUUUAUUCUCCAACGGCGUACCAGAGUUGAAGAAUCAAAGGCCGUCCUGGGUCUCGAGCUCACCAGAAAGGCCAAGGACGCACACUGGAAAGUUGCAACGAGAUGUGCUAUCUUUGCAGCCAACUUGUCUCUUCGCUUCGACACGAUUGCACCGACCGAAUUCAUUGAGUUGGUUGCAAACGGCACAAACGAUCCUCACCCGGGCCUCAGAGGCUACUAUCUUAAUGCCUUUACGUCCAUCUUCACCGCCAUUGAUCUACGAGCCGUUUAUGAGCAUGAUUAUCGCAACUACUUGCUUGAAAAGGAGAGCAAAGAUCGGAACAAGAUUACUAUCGAGGUGAAAAAGGGUGAUGCCGAAUAUACUAGAAAGUUCCUCGACGCUUUCAAGGAUCCAAGCACUGCGGAGUACAUGGUGGAUUCGGAUCACCCGGGAUGGCUCGUAUGGGGCAAGUCUUUCUCUGCCUUCCGAGCCAGACCUAUGCCCUUUGAUUCAUACGAUGCUGUGGAACGUGGUGUGCGUACUCAGAUUGGCAAGAUCUUGGACAAGGCUUGGUUCCACCGAUUCCGCAUGAGCAACGUUUACCUGUUGAUGCAUGUAUUUGACUUGAUGCACUAUGGAUGCACAGCUGUCAAAUUGGACGAAAUCAAGGAGCUCAUGACGGAAGUGUAUGGUGACGGCAGUGACAAGCACCAGCAUCGCGCGACUUCAGAAAUUCUCGGAGCAUUGUUAGCUGGAUCUAGCGACGACCCACCAGCCAUUCGAAGCCGGGUGUGGGAGUUUGCUGCGCCCAAGAUUUUGGAAAUCUUUGAUGACGGGCUUACUCCCGACAAUUUGACAUACUGGAUGACGUGCUUGCACUUCAUUCUAGACUCCAAGGAUCCCCGCCGAUCUCAUGAGCUGGUGGAUGCGCUACGUGCUUUCCGCCUGGACAUGAACUCGAAUGCGGCGUUCAAGGAAUCUGCCAAGAUUCAACUGGUCGAGUUCGCAAUUGCGGAUGGUGGGUGGCACUUUCGUGACACGCAACCUAUCCUGGACAACUUCCUGGAACACCUGGACCACCCUUACAAGGCAGUGCGUGAGUCGAUGGGUCGUGUCAUUUCCGUCAUUUACAAGUCGAGAUAUCACGAGUCGUUUGAGAGUGUGAGGAAGCUGUUGGAAGAAAACAGGGCAGAUUCUUCGAUUGGCAUUCGACCGUAUAAGCCAGAUGAUGAGUUCAGCGCCGUGGUGCGAGACGUCUUUUCGCGGCUAGAGAAGUGGAGGCAGGAGCGCACGCCAGGACAGCAGACGCAGUCGUCGUAUACGGCAGGUAGCAAGACAGUCCUCAUGUGGCUAGACUGCGCCUUGUCAUCGCACGAGUGUACGCAGCUUGUGCCGUUCUUUUCUACGCUGUUUAUGGAUGAGCUCCUUCAUAUGAUGGACGUGAAGGAGGACCCAGAGCUCAUGCGCACGGCAUACCACGUGUACCGUCAUCUACCCAACAUUCCAUUCCGGGAUGGUGAAGAUGCAGACUUUAUUCAAGGCCUGGUGCGAAUUGGGCGCAAUGCUGGCAGCUGGCAUCAGCGACUGCGCGCACUUGUCAACAUGCAAGUCGUCUACUUCCGACGCAUUUUCACGACGGACAAGAGUUUGAGGGAUGUUUUGUUCACCACAGUCUCGGACAUGCUCAGCGACUCACAACUAGAAGUGCGGGGGUGUGCAGCCUCGACGUUGGCGGGCAUGAUUCGGUGCUCGCCUCGGCGCGUCCGAGACCCCAUGAUAGAACAUUUGAAAGAUAGAUUUGAAAGGGAGCUGGCGCAGAACCCGAUGCCGAAGCGUGGACCCAAGGUAGCUGGAACAGACACUCCGGUAGAUGUGCAGAAGCAAAUCACCCGGAGGCAUGCCGCUGUUCUUGGACUAGGUGCGUUGAUCGAGGCCUUCCCGUAUGCAACACCGCCACCCAAGUGGAUGCCUGAAGUUCUGGCUACAUUGGCACGUCGUGCCGCGGGCGACGCGGGCGUGGUGGGCAAGGCAACAAAGGGAAUACUGAGCGAGUUCAAAAAGACUCGACAGGACAGCUGGACUGUGGACCAGAAGGUAUGUGACGAGUGCAGCAAAGACGCGGGCAGCUACAUGGACUAA